UAAAUGGCAGUGAAGAUAUUGUGUCCCCAAAUAAUGUGCAGGGAGCUGGAUGUGGGAAAGGCUGAGGGGGAGGAAGAUGAGGAAAAGGACUCUUUUCAUCCAGUCUCCCGGUGUCCAGCUUGUAGCCAAGAAUAUGAUGUGGCACUGAUCCUGCCGUGCUCUCACACCAUGUGUGGUCAGUGCGUAGCUGCUGGAGAGAGAACAAGCUCAGGUCAGUCUCUCCACCGCCGCGUCGGCCUCUCUGUCUGCUCUGUGCUGUGCCCCAGCUGCCGACAUCCUGUGGAGCUGCCAUGUGGGACCUGGUCGUCUGCCACUUCCUGUUUACCAAAACAUCCCACGCUGAGUCCUGCACGUGUCAGCAGGGGGACGGGCACCACGGAGGGAGCAUCUGAGGAUCACCGUCAGCAUGUGCAGGGUCACUCACACUGCAGGGAUUCAGCUGAGGAGAGAGCACACCGCUGUUUACAUGGCUCUAAUGCUGCCAGUUCCCCAGUACCACCAGUGGAUGGCGAUGUAGACCUGCGAGAGGAGGAGAUGGAGCAGUCUGUCUUUGGACUGUGUUUUGCUCUGGAUCCCUCCAGCGUCCCUCCAUCCCUACUUCUUUCUAACGGCUCCCUCGCUGUCACCUACCGAGGCCCUGCUGCCCCACCUCCAGAGAAGGUCAGAGGGCCAACGAUGACCUCUGACCCCAUGGUCCCGUUGGUCCUGCCGCAGGUGUGCGCUGAUGUAGUCAUUGCACGGGGACAGUAUUACUGGGAGGUGGAUGUGUGUAACAGCUCCGUGUACAGGAUUGGUGUGAUCCCAUUGGAUGGUUGCGGUGGCUGGUGGCUGGAAAGGCAGGGCCUGUAUUUUUCUGCAGUGUAUGAUGGGAGCUGGGAGCCGCUCUACACCGUCCCGCCCCAGAUCAAAAGCCUUGGGAUCUUCCUUAACAUUGGAGGGGGGGCCCUGAGCUUCCACAACCCUCUGACCCACGAGCACCUAGCCACACUUCCUACCCGCUUCGGCACCGCCGGAGUGCUCCCGGCUCUGGGUCUGGGCCAGGGCCGCCUGAGGCUGCGCUGCGGUCUACCUCCUCCACCCCAUGUCUUCCUCAGUAAGGAUUCAACCUACAAGGGGCCCGGUGCUGCCAGCAGAGGUCGGUGGUGCAGGGAGAUUCCCUUCUGGUCAGUGAGGAAAGUGAUACAGAAGUUUGAGGAGCUGGCCGUGUCGGACUCAGACUCUGGUGUGGUUUCUAGCUUUGGAUCGUCCUUGGCUUCCCUCCCAGAUCUGGGGAAUCCUGGGAUGUUUCCCUCUGGGCACUGGAGCUGAAUGAAACUUGCUCUUCGAUGGGAGCAUAAAAAACUCCACCACCACUCCUCAGAGGGGUUUGAUCUCUACAUGUCAAUUGAAAGGCUAAUUUUUCAUCUUGAGGGACUGCUGGUUGCCUCUCUCCAAUCUCUGUGUGACCCCGGACCUGCAAUUGACUCUCUCCCCAGGACACAGGCUUUUCUCUCAACCACACAACCCCCGCUGGUUUGGGCUUGGGCCAGAAACAGUCCUCUAUAAUGUGAAGUGUGAGGAAACAGUAGGCUUUUAGCAGCGGGACGCCUUGAUUUGUCUCUGUGUGACGGUUGUCAGAUGGUAGGGGUCCUUCAGUAGUAAUGUGCCCGUUCCUGUGUGUGUAUGUGGGCCUAAGCACUCCCAUGAGUGUGUGUGCAUUUGCUCACUCGCUCGUCCAUUUCGGUGUGUGUGUGUGAGGGAACAAUGUACGAGCGGCAGGGGGUGGGAUGGCGAGGUGCGAGUACAGUGACACCGGUCGUGUUGACACAGAGCAGCGAGAACAGGUGGUAACAUACGUUCAUCCCGCGGCCUCCCUUCGCUAGGACAGUAGGCCUGUCCUUUUCUGACCCUUUGAAAACCACAGGACUCCCCGAGACUUCAAAAGAACAACAGAGAGCAGGAGAACAGAGAGGGAGAGAGAGAAAACAGCAUGCAUGAAUUAAAGACAGCAGGUGAUGAAGUGCUGAGAUAAAAAGGAAGAAGAAGAGAUGGGCAGAGAAAGAGAUUCUUAACGACUCUGGUGAAUCCCUGAAUAGAUCAAGUGGCUCAGGCUGCACUAUCUGAGGAUUUGUUUUAAGGUAGAAGCUGCAGAGGUUUUGAAAUCACAG